CGUUCAGUUCGAGGAGGUGCACGACGUCUCCAUGAGGCGGAGCUUACGGGAGAUUCUGGUUUAGCAAAACAAAGUUUGAUUUCGUACAUGUGGCUUGAAUGAUAACCUCACUUUGGCAAAUUCAUUCAAAUUCAUUCAAAAGUAUUGUAAAUUUUACUCGCGGAAAUUUGUAAAUACACAGCAAAAAUGACAGAAACUGAGUGUUCCUUGCGUCCUCUGAAUUGUGAAUUGAAUUACUUAUCCGUACCCGAUGGCUCGACAAUGUUCAUGCAAGGCGAUACGUCAGUGUUGGCUGGUGUCUACGGACCAGUAGAGGCUAAAUUACAAAAAAUGUUUCACAAUAAAGCCACUGUUGAAGCAACAUUUGGACCAAUUAAAGGACCACCAAGUAUAGAUGAUAGAUUCGUUGAAUUAUAUGUAAGAGACACAUGCGAAGGAGCCAUUCUUACUUCAUUGCAUCCUGCAGCUACCGUUUCAAUCAAUAUACAGGAAUUACAAGAUUGCGGUGGUUUAUUAGCAUGUUCUAUCAAUGCAGCCUGCUUAGCUUUAAUUAAUUCUAGUAUAGCUAUGAAAUUCACUUUUGCAGCAGUUUGUUGUAUGAUUGACAAAAACUCAGGAGAUAUAGUCAUCGAUCCCAGUUUAAUACAGACACAGAAUGCUAAAGCUACCUUCACCUGUGUGUUUGAUAGUGUGAAUAAGGAACUUAUUUGCUGUCAAACUAGUGGACAAUUUACAGAAGAAGAUUUAACGGAAUCCAUCAAUAAGUGUAAAGAAGCUAGCAAGUAUAUAUUUGAUUUUUACAGGGAUAUUGUGAAAAAGUAUGCAACUGCCAUAUAGCCUUAAGCAAACCCACUUUUACUUAGUUAUUUGUAAAUUAUGUUUUUCUGUAAUUAUAUAUUAAGCACUAUCUUUCAUAGAAUCAUUAGAUCAAACCUAGAGAUAUUUUUUUACAAUCAAUUGAAUAUUGAAAUGUUUGAAAACUAAUGAAAUUUGUUACUAUUAGUAGGUCAUUCGGUACGCUCAACCCUACCAUCAGUACGUAAAUCUGAAAUUGUAAAUAAAUAUUGAAUUAAAUUUAUUUUUCACUUUA